AUGGAUGUCAAAAAUGCAUUCUUGAAUGGUGAUCUUCAAGAAGAAGUCUAUAUGCAACCACCUUCUAGGUAUCCUCACUCAUCUAAUCAGUAUCUUAGUGAACACUUUGAGAUGAAGGAUUUGGGUACUCUCACAUAUUUCUUUGGCCUUGAGAUCUCUUCUAGUUUCGAUAGCCAUUAUCUCUCUCAAACCAAAUAUGCUUCUGAUCUUCUAGCAAAGGCAGCAAAACCCCAAUUUUUGUCAGCACCUCGAUCUACACAUUAUGUUGCUGUGCUUCGCGUUCUUCGCUAUGUUAAAGGCACUUUAUUUCAUGGUCUUCACUACUCCUCCCGUUCUGUACUCUUAUUAUGUGCCGAUUCUGAUGCUGAUUGGGCAGGUGAUCCAACUGAUCAUUGCUCUACCACGGGAUUCUGUUUUUUCUUGGGUGAUUCUCUUAUAUGUUGGCGUAACAAGAAACAAACCUUGGUCUCUCGCUCUAGUACUGAAUCCGAAUAUCAUGCUCUUGCUGAUACCGCUCAAGAGCUCCUUUGGCUUCACUGGUUACCUUUAGAUAUGGGUGUUACUUUUUCCAUUGCCACUUCUCUAUACUGUGACAAUCGUAGUGCUAUUGCUGACAUCUUCACCAAGACACUUCCACCUGGAUGUUUCCAAGAUUUGGUUUCCAAAUUGAAGCUGAUUUCUACCUUGCCACCUUAA